UUUGAGCGCUGUUUGUGCGUCCGUGUCCAUCUAUUGGAAGCUUGAGACAAAAAGACGUUGCUGCUCCUUGAUAGGGAUUAUCUCUCGGAACGGGAUUGCUCUCUCUGCUCUUUCACGUGUCAAUUAUCAUCUUGCAUGAGUAACCUUCCAACUGUCUGGGAGAAGCGAAUCUCGUCGUCGAGACACCAAGUAUCAUCCGUACAGUCGAGCAAGUUGACGGCGGAUAGCUACCGGAGUGGACUCCAGUGGAUCAUUUUUGGCCAACCACUCCUGAAACGCGUGCCUUGGGAUCGAGAUGGCCGAGCGAAUGCAGACGGAUAGUAUCGAGCAAAUCCUGAGAGAUAAUCUGUCCCCGGAACAACACGAUGAGGUGCGCAGAAUACUCUUCGGCAGCGGGUUCCGAAAACUGGAACUUCCGGAAGUGAUCAGUGAUUUGGCGGAAGAAGGAGAUUUCGAGCUCGCUGCUUAUAGCAUCGAUGCCAAAGCGGAAAAUUCUCGGGCACCAAACAAAGUUCGGAUCGCGGUCGUACAAAACAAAAUUCAGGCUCCGACGACGGAUCCUGUGGGUCAACAGAGGGACGCUAUCCUGGAGCGAAUCGGAAAACUCACUCAUGCGGCAGCGCAAUGCGGAUCGAACGUGAUCUGCUACCAGGAGGCAUUCUCGAUGCCAUUUGCCUUUUGUACUCGGGAGAAGCAGCCCUGGUGUGAGUUCGCAGAAUCGGCCGAGGAUGGCCCGAGCAUCAAAUUUUGCCAGAAUUUGGCGAAAAAGUACAAUAUAGUGAUUCUCGCGCCCAUACUCGAGAGAGACGAGCACGACGUCAUCUGGAACACUUGUGUGGUCGUAUCGAAUUCAGGAGUUGUCUUGGGCAAGACUCGUAAAAACCACAUCCCAAGAGUCGGUGAUUUCAAUGAGUCCACCUACUACAUGGAAUCGAAUCUCGGUCACCCCGUAUUCCAUACUCAGUUUGGUCGAAUCGCCAUCAACAUUUGUUAUGGGCGUCAUCACCCUCUGAACUGGUUGGCUUUUGCUCUAAAUGGAGCCGAUAUCGUGUUCAAUCCCUCGGCAACGGUGGAUGGACUCAGUGAGCCCAUUUGGCCGAUCGAGGCCCGCUGUGCCGCUGUCGCGAACUCUUAUUUCACUGCAGCGAUCAACAGGGUUGGCACGGAAACUUUCCCGAACGAGUUCACGUCUGGUGAUGGAAGAGCUGCGCACAGAAGUUUCGGUCAUUUCUACGGGUCCAGUUACGUAGCCGCGCCGGACGGCUCACGCACAGAGGGCUUGAGCAGAACUCGGGACGGUGUUCUUGUAGCGGAGAUUGACCUAAACUUAAACCGACAAGUGCGCGAUCUGUGGGGUUUCCGCAUGACGGCACGGCUGGACAUGUAUGCCGACAUACUGCAGCGAGUGUCACAAGAAAGUGGUCGACGAGUUAUCGUCGACAAAACACUCGAAGGGAAAUUCCAAUGAACUCGGCUCAAUGGGGUUGGAAGUAAAACCCGAGGGCCAGACUCGUGACAUGUCCAGGCGUCUCGAUCCUGUGGAAAGCAGCGACAGUAAACCGAAGAGGGCUCCGUCGACAGCCUCUCAUCCAUGAGAGAUUCAUAUCUGGAUUUGGUAAUUUCUCAAUAAAGAUCAUACGAACAUAAGGUUUCC